CAAAUCUGUCAAUUGCACAAAAUGGCGAUUGUCGUGUGAAUGCAACAAAGAAUUGAUGAAUUUGCAAUGAAAAUUCAAAGAAUAUUGCUGAUGUUUGUUUAUCUUUAACAUCAAUGUUUAGUAGCAGAGCCCAAUUAGAAAAGCGUACUCCUGAAAAUGGCACUGAUCGGGAAAACUUCUUGUCUUUGUUAGUGGAUGAGUAUCUGAAUUCCAGUUCUUACGAUGCCAAAUGUCAAGUACUAGCUAAUUUGGCCAACUUUGCCUAUGAUCCAAUAAACUAUGGAUACAUCAGGGACGUGGGAGUCCUAGACAUAUUCCUGUAUGUUCUAAAAAAUGAGGCAGACAGUAAAUUACUUCACUUUGCCAGUGCUGGAAUAUGUAAUUUAUGUUUAGAUCCUGCCAAUGCAGAAUAUAUCUUGAAUCAUAUGGGACUUCAGCCCAUCAUUGCUUUGUUGGAAUCUGAAAAUAAUGAAACUGUUGCUAACUGUAUAACAACUCUGAUUUAUCUAUUCAAUGAGCAGACACAGUCAGAAAUAAAUACAUCUGAUAUAACUAAGAAAGUGCAGAGUCUAGCAGUAUCGGAUGAUAAAAUGUUAGCCAAUUUGGCUACUAUAUUCUUACAGGACAUCUGCCAAAUCUCUGAUUGAUAAUAUAAACUGAUAUUUACAGAAACAUUAACAAUGAACAAAAUGCUAUCAAAUAGAUUUCCAUACAUUGUGGUGAACAAUAAAAACUACCAAAAAAUAUGCAAAAUACACACAACUACAUUCAGCAGCACAGCUUUCAAAGCUGGUGACAAAAUACGGAUUCAAAAGACACUGACACAAAAAGAUCUGGAUGCUUUUUCUAACCUAACAAGUGACCAUAAUUACCUUCAUCAAAACAAUGGUAACAAACGACCCAUAGUUCACGGUGCGCUGCUGAAUGGGUUAGUGGCUGGACUUAUAGGCACACAUUUACCUGGGCCUGGUACGGUGCUGGUAUCCCAAACUAUGAAGUUCCCCAAUAAAUGUUUUGUUGGAGAAAAACUCACUAUAAGUGUUGAACUUGUUGACGUGAGGAAAAUCCUCAAAGUGAAGUUCUAUUGCAUCGUUGAGGAAGAAAAAAAGGUUGUGUUUGAAGGUGAGGCUAAACUGAUGUUAGCCAAAGACUGUUAGCUUUUUGACAUGUUUUAUUGAAUUAAUAAGUUAUUUCUUAUUCAUAAGGUUUAUAACUCCAACUUUUGACUCUGCAAUUUUUUCAACCAGUAGUUUAUGAAUAAAAUAAUAAUUUAUUAAAUGUAAUGAUAAUGUUUCAAUUAGUAUUUUGUCAUAAUGUGCCAAUUAAGUAAGUGAAAUUAUUAAAAACAGAAUCUAUUAGUUAUUAUUACGAAGUACAAUUUAGUUUUAACUAUACAUAUUUAUGAUAUUGAUAAUAUAAAAAUUAAUAAACAUUUUCAUAAUGUUACAAAAUCGAUUUCAAUAUAAAUCUUGGAAAAUCUGUCCAUUAUUGUACUAUUAAUAGUCAAUAACUUUUUAAGACUGAUAGUCUCUAGAACAAUAUUGGUUUGAAUUAUGAUAUUUGUGUCAAUACAAGUAUCAAUUAACAGUCCAUCACUUUAAUUCAUUAAAUACCUCUAAUAUUUUUCAAGAUUAAUAAUUCACAUUAUAAAGCACUUAAUAAAACUUAUCUGUUUUAAUCCUUUUGUUACUUUAAACAUUUUGUGGUUACAUUGUGAUCAACCAGCACUUAUUUGAUUACCCAAAAAUAUGUCAAAAUAAUUACUCCAAAAUUAAUAAUCACCAACUAUUUUCGACAAAUAAAGUAAUUAAAAUACAUGAUUAUGAAAAAGAAAAUAGAAAUAAAUUUAAAUACAUGUUAUGGGAAAUUUUGUAAAUAUGUGUUAUGAAGCAUAUUAUUUUGCUAAUGUACGUACUUGAACAUAGCACCAUAAUGAUAAUAUGGACAAAAUUCAAAUUUGUAUAAAAUAUCUGUCUUUAUUUUGUUAUUUUACAUAAAUAAUAUUGUUGGUUUUAUAAUUUUAUUGUUUCUGUUUAUUAUUUCUUAUUGACGAUUGACCUCCUUUAUUAGCUUAUGUAUCACUUGCAUUGUUAUUAUGGACAAGGUACCAUAAUGUGUCACAUUUUUCUACCAUUGAAUGGAAUUGUGAAUAAAAUACCUACUUAGUUUCUAAUGUCACUGAUUGAUUUUAGAUUUUUUAAAUGAUUGUGCUUGCGGUCUUUUUUUAAAUAAAUCAUACGUCGUGUAUAAUUUCCUUGUUUACCCUUUGAACUUUUAGUAGUGCAUUAUUUGUUUUCAUAAUAAAUUAGAAGUCCACAAAUACAAAACGUAGCUAAGCAUAGUAGACUAUCAGAGUAUUAUGUAGAAUUCAAUUAAAAUAAGUAAAUGAAUUAGAUGUUAGAAUAUUCAAAUUUUAUUGAAAUUCUGCUAGAAUUAGAUGCUUAAAAUUAUGUAUAAAUGAUGAGAGAUACAUAAAGAUUGUAAUUGGAUCGACCGGCUGGGCUGUGAAGUGUUUUGUGAUUCAUUUCUGUUACAUUAUUUUAAGAGAAUGUCCAUUUUUUUUAGUGGCUGAUAUUUUCUAAUAUCACGUCAAGUAUAUCGCUGGGAUAAUCGGCUCUAUUAACAAAGUGUGCUUUAUUCGUUUUUAUGUAACUGUAUGGUUUGUUUUAUAUUUUCGUAAUAUAUUUAAUUGGAAGAUUUUUCGUAAGUUGACUAA